GCUCCGUGCCCGCUCGGCGCUCGCCCGCUCGCUCGCGUUCCCCGGCGCCGGCUGCGGAGGGAGCUGCUCUGCCCGCAGCUGGCGCAGCGCGGGGGCGGCCGCGGGUGGGCGGGUGCCGCGGGCCCUGGCGCCGAGCAUGAGCCGCCGCCGGCGCUGGCCGCGCGCUGCUUGGGGCCCGACUGCGGCGCGAGGGCGGCGCGGGAGUGACGCUGGCCCGGACCGAGGAAACUAUGCCCCAGACAUCUGUCGUCUUCUCUAGCAUACUUGGGCCCAGCUGUAGCGGACAGGUGCAGCCUGGCAUGGGGGAGCGUGGAGGCGGGGCCAGCAGCGGCUCUGGGGACCUCAUCUUCCAAGAUGGACGCCUCAUCUCUGGGUCCCUGGAGGCCCUGAUGGAGCACCUUGUUCCCACGGUGGACUAUUAUCCUGAUAGGACAUAUAUCUUCACCUUUCUCUUGAGCUCCCGGGUCUUCAUGCCCCCUCAUGACCUGCUGGCCCGCGUGGGGCAGAUCUGCGUAGAGCAGAGGCAGCAGCUGGAGGCCGGGCCUGAAAAAGCCAAGCUGAAGUCCUUCUCAGCUAAGAUUGUGCAGCUCCUGAAGGAGUGGACGGAGGCCUUCCCCUAUGAUUUCCAGGAUGAGAAGGCCAUGGCCGAGCUGAAAGCUAUCACACACCGUGUCACCCAGUGCGACGAGGAGAAUGGCACAGUGAAGAAGGCCAUUGCCCAGAUGACCCAGAGCCUGCUGCUGUCCCUGGCUGCCCGGAGCCAGCUCCAGGAACUGCGAGAGAAGCUCCGGCCAUCGGCUGUAGACAAGGGGCCCAUCCUCAAGACCAAGCCACCUGCUGCCCAGAAGGACAUCCUGGGCGUGUGCUGUGACCCCCUGGUGCUGGCCCAGCAGCUGACUCACAUUGAGCUGGACAGGGUCAGCAGCAUUCACCCUGAGGACUUGAUGCAGAUUGUCAGCCACAUGGACUCCUUGGACAACCACAGGUGCCGAGGGGACCUGACCAAGACCUAUAGCCUGGAGGCCUACGACAACUGGUUCAACUGCCUGAGCAUGCUGGUGGCCACUGAAGUGUGCCGGGUGGUGAAGAAGAAGCACCGGACCCGGAUGUUGGAGUUCUUCAUUGAUGUGGCUCGGGAGUGCUUCAACAUCGGGAACUUCAACUCCAUGAUGGCCAUCAUCUCUGGCAUGAACCUCAGUCCUGUGGCGAGGCUGAAGAAAACCUGGUCCAAGGUCAAGACAGCCAAGUUUGAUGUCUUGGAGCAUCACAUGGACCCGUCCAGCAACUUCUGCAACUACCGCACAGCCCUGCAGGGGGCCACGCAGAGGUCCCAGAUGGCCAACAGCAGCCGUGAGAAGAUCGUCAUCCCUGUGUUCAACCUCUUCGUUAAGGACAUCUACUUCCUGCACAAAAUCCACACCAACCACCUGCCCAAUGGGCACAUUAACUUUAAGAAAUUUUGGGAGAUAUCCAGACAGAUCCAUGAGUUUAUGACAUGGACACAGGUAGAGUGUCCCUUCGAGAAGGACAAGAAGAUUCAGAGUUAUCUGCUCACGGCACCCAUCUACAGCGAGGAAGCUCUCUUCGUUGCCUCCUUUGAAAGUGAGGGUCCCGAGAACCACAUGGAAAAGGACAGCUGGAAGACCCUCAGGACCACCCUCCUCAACAGAGCCUGAGGCGGAUGCAGCCUGCGACGCCAGAGGAAGCACGUGUACUAACCGGGUUUAAAUCUUGACUGAUGUGGGUUGAGACGAGGAGGCCUCACUGGUUGGGGUCCAUUUUGUAUAUAACUUUUAUGAGAAAAAAUGGUAAUUAUUUCACGCAUCAACCUUUGGCACUUACAAAGUUUUUUUGUUUAUUUUAAAUAACAGGGCAGGGCCCUGCUUUGGGGAGGGGUACGGGAGAGUAUCAUGGGAGAUGGCAUCCAUGAUAACAUCUUAUUCUAAUGAAAUGUAGAUUUUUAUUUUCUACUUUUGAUUAUUAACAUCUUAUGAAAAAAAUAUUUUAAAAAACCCAACCAAAACCAACAUGAGCCCUGCCUGCUAGGAUGCCUUUCCAGCCAGUGUCUCUGACGUCGGGGUUAGUGCCUUAGAGGGUACUGGGGUCUGGUCUUCCUGCUCCAUGGUUCGGGCUGCAGUGAGCCUCACUCAACCUGGGCACCUGCCCUCAGGAGCUUGGGCCACGAGGCUCUGCAGGAGGGCUGGUGGCUGGGAGGUCGCAUCUGCACGCUUCUGGAAGCGAGCCUUUGAGUACGGGCUAUCCAAAGUUUACAUUUUCAUUUUCCUUUCAGGGAUUUGUGGGGUCAGGGAGGGGCAGGGGGCACCUGGCAGCAUAUUUUCUGUGACAAUGUGUUCAGCAAAUCAUUCUUCAAUUACAUUUUAGAAAGGAGGAAAUCUAAAAUAAGGUAAGGGAGGGAAGCAUGGAGUUGUCAGUUUUCUGAUCUGCAACUGAAAGACACACUGAGCUGUGAUGAAGAAAAAUACACGGGUGACUGCAGAGUGGUGAUAUUUAGAGCUAGUCUUGAAACCCACCUACAGAGGGGAGGGCAGCCAAUAGCCCUCCUCCCACCUGAGUGGGCAGCGCCCCUAACUGGAGUCGGAAACACAGAAAAUUUGCCAGGCCAUACUGUUGGAGCCCAUUCAGAUAAAACUGCCCAAUGCUGGGAGGAGUUUUCCACACCCAGCUGGAGGAGCACACUCCAUUUUUCCAUGUCUGACUUCCUGGUGUGAGCCCUGGGCCUUACUUACCAUGGUGCGGGACAGCUGUCCCUCAGAAAACGGGCAGUCCAUCCACUCGGACCAUCUCCUUCGCAGGAACUCCACACCCUCGUCCCUCUGCAUUCCCAGCUUCCGCAGGAGCCUGGGUGAUGACGGGCCAGGUCUCAAUUCCCAAAGCUCCUGGGAGAGCCUGAGGACACUGGGAGAGGCUAGGCCUGGGAAGGAGGAGGCCCUGGGCCUGCUGCCCAUGCCUCUGGCCCUGGGUGGAGAAGGAAUAGUUCCACUGUAUUGUCACAGUGUGUUUGCACUUUCCAAGGUUCUAGCUAGUACAGAUUGUAUAUUGAUAGUACAUAUUGCUUUGCUUAUGUCUUUGAGAUGAGAAAGGCUUAAAACUUGAGAAUAUAUAUUUGGAAUACAGCCUUAGAAUGGUUUCUGUACACAUCCACGUGCACUUCACAGAUGAUCAGUUCUAGUACCUACUUGAAACAGCGUCUAUGUCUGCCACUUUAUUUUUCCAAUUUGAUAACAUAUCCUGAUUUGAUGUUUUGGUAUUUGAAAUGAACUCUGGAGUAUGAAGCUGUACCAUAAUGUAGGAUGUCAGUUUUGGUGUGACUGGACAUACUUGCUUCAAUAAAAGAACAUGUCACUCCCCUCCCUUGCCUGGUGUGUGUGCGGCCCUGCUGCUGGCAGGAGACGUGGGCUCCCUAGGGCAGAGAGAAGGACAAGGCUGCCAGGCCUGCUACAGCCUUCCCAGGAGGGACUGGGCAAGGGCCUUUUGUCUCCAGUUGAGAAUACUUUCUGACAAAGGGCUUUCCACUGAAUAAGGCAAGACUCGAAAAAAGCUAUAGGAGACACGUUUAGUCCUACUUUCCUCAAUGUGAGCUCCAAAAAGAUGUCACUGGUUGCUGUAUUGCAUGGUCACAUGAGUUUGGGAUACCUACUUAAGCCAGGCUGUAUGGGCUGUGUUACUGUGGGAGGAGUCAGAUGGCCUCUGAGAGGCAGGGGAGGUUGAGAAGUCCCUGGACGCGAUCCUGCAGGGCAGCCUGCAGAACACAGGUCUGGAGGGGCCACUUCUGGUGUCACUGAGUUACACUCAAGUGCACCAGAGAAGAGGGGCACUGGGGGGCACACAGGAGCUCGGGAAUUGAAGGAAAAGAACUAAGGCUCCAGGACGGAAUGUGGUACUCCCCCUCUCUGCUUCUCCAACCUGCCCAUUCCCUUGGUUCUCAGGCCCAGGCUGGGUGGGGACUGCACCCCAGGGCUAACUCAGCUCAUUUUUCACAAUAUAUUCAGUGUCAUCAUUCCCAUGAGGUGAGCGCCACCCAAGAGAAACCUUUCUGGGGUGAAGAAAUGUCCUGUAUCUGUGCUGUCCAGUACAGCAGCCACCAACCACAUGUGGGUCCUAUGCACUGGGAUGUGGCCAGUGUGACCGAGGGGCUGGAAUGUGAAUUUGGACAGCCAGGGGGCCCUGUGUUGGACAGAAGCUGGGCUCCAGGGCUUUGCCACCCCAUGCAGUGGGGAGUGCAGGACAGGUGCUCAGUGUCUGUGCAGCAAAUGGGGACAUGGAGAUGACACUUGAGCUUUGACAUUUUUUACAUCUUUAAAUCAAAUGGCAUCCCUAAUUUCCUGAUGGAGGUCAUUUUUGGAAGUGUUCACCUGCUUCAGCUGAAGAAAGGGGAGCACAUAAUUUGCUCUGGCCUUGGAUACAACCUGGAGCUGGAUGGGCCAUCCUCCACCAUGGGCAGUUCCUCCAGGGCAGUGGCUCUCAAGUGUGGGUCCCUAGGAACCUGCCUGAAUGGUUAUUCUUAGGCCCCACCACACACCUGCUGAAUUGGGAACAUGGUGGGGGCCUAGUCCACGCCCUGAGCUGCACAGCAUGUGUGGGACGCACUCGGUGGGUGACUGUCUGUGUGCCUUGUGACCAGCACAUCCCUGUGUGAUAGCUGAAUGUCACCCCUCAAACACGUUUCAGGAACAAAUGGAUGUCAGUGUGGCAGAAUGAUAAUCUAAGGAUCUGUACUAAAUCAUGGAGACUUAUGUAACACAUAUUGCUUGUGACACACAACUAUCAUGCCCGUAUGAGAACACAGGCCCUGCUCCUCAGGGAGGCUCAAGGCAGCAGGGCGGGAGCAAGGAGCUGGGGCACCUGGAAUGAGUGCUGGUCUCCAGCCCCCAGCUGGAGAAGCUUGGACAAGCUGUUUACCUUACUACAGCCUCCAUGUUCUCAUCUGAUCGGGCCUCCCUCGCAGGGCUGUGGUAGCAGACAGAGCAGAUGCCUGGUUCAUUGUCAGCACAGUUGGUGCUCGCUGUGGACUGGCCCUGGUGCUGGGGAUGCCAAACAGCACUUCUGCAAAAGGUCAUAGCACCUUUGGGAAAAGUGAAGCAAAGGCUUCUAAGUCCCCUUCUCAAAGGAACACCUGAGGUCCUCGUCCAUACGAAGCAUAUUAGCAUUCACCACAGUCACUGUUCAAUCCAACCGACACAAAAAUAUAAAUGGGAAAGAAUUCCCACGAAUUUGGAUUCAGAACUUCUACAGGGAAAACUUACAACCUAUCUGCAGGCCAGUUUAGAUCAACUGAACAUGUUAACACAAUUUCAAUCUUUAUUCCCAAGAAGGAAGCCAGGAUACUGUGAGGAAGGUGAGGGGCUGCCGAAUACCCGGCGAGCAUCUACCCCACAGCACCAGGAUGCUCAGGUGCAGACACUCAGCUGCAGCUCUGCAGCAGCAGUGCCAAAUGCUUCAGGAACAUUGCAGGGAAGAGUGUAAGAAAGUAAACUGUGCACCUGUCCAUUUCUGGCAGUGUGAGAGAUUAAGUGUGUGCCCACUGAAAAAAACAGAUAAAGUUGUACAAAAUUUAAAAUUCCAAGUAAAGGCAGGGAGCCAGAGAAGUCAGGGAAGCUCUGGAGCCUGCUUUGCCCUGAGGGCAAGGACCAUGAGCUUCUGUUUUCAAGUUCUGAGAGGUAGAGAAAAACGUACAGGGCCUGCCUGAAGAUGAAGAAUCAAAUAUGAGAUCCCAGCCCAUAAAGCUGGCAUCCCAAAGAGACACCUCUCAGUGCAGCAAGAGCUUGAAAUAAGGUGCUCCACCCAAACCCCACAGAGGGAGCUAAGGAAAGCUGCCUGAUUUGAACCUCAGCACUGAAUGAAGGCAGGGAAAUUUUACCCUGGUAAUUGUUAACAAUGAGUCAGUGAGCUUCACAAAAUUUUGUAGCACAAAUCAACACAGGUCCAACACAAACUUUAGGCUGAGAAUUCUCUGAACUGGCCCUGAACUGGUACUGCCCUUAAGCAUCCAAUAGAAACAAACGUUCUGACCUAUAUUCCAGUUUAAAAAAAAAAAUCUCUCAACUGUGUCUAAUUUUGUUCAACCCAUCUGUUGGAUUUUAAAAAUUCAAUUAUUGUAGUUUUCAUUUCUAGAUGCUCUAUUUGGUUCUUUUCCAAAUCUGAUCAUAAGUCUGAAGAAAUUACCAGAAUCUAACACAAAGAGAAUAAAGCCCUGGAAAACAAGAAACAGGUUGAGACAUGGAGAAUACAACGGUUUUAACAUGUUAUCAGAGUUAGAGAAGCAAAGACAGAAUGAGGCAGAAAUCAUUUUUAAAAAUCCAACAGCUAAAAAUUUUUCAGAGUAAUAAUCCAAGAAGUCCAAAGAAUCUCAAGCAGGACCAGAAAAAAACAAACCCACAAAAAGAUGUAUCAUAGUGACAAACAACAGAGAAGGAGAGAAUAGACUGCUUUCAAAGAAUGACGGCUGUUAACGCUGAUCAUUCACAGCAGAUAUAACUGAAGCCAGGAGACAGUGGAAUAGUAACUUCAAUGUGCUAAAAAAAAAAAA